AUGACGACAUUUCUGCAAAAGUUCCAAUUAGGAUCUGAAAUAUUAUGCAUGAGAUCCAAGGCUAUGAAAGCAAGACGUGUCGCCAGCGAUAUGCACAGAGACUACUGUCCUGGUGUAACUGGACUUUGCGAUGCCAUGAAGCCUACCAACGGAACGGAACUUUUGAAGUACUUAAGAAAAGUCGACUUCCAAGGAUUGAGCGGGGACAGAUUCCAUUUCGACGAGAACGGAGAUGCUCCUGCCAGAUACAAAAUAAAGCACUUUAAGCAGGUCAAGGAGAGGGCUUACGAGUGGAUCACCGUCGGAGAGUAUAUCGAGGGUGUACUUACGUUGAACAUGUCAGGUGAGUAUUGUUUGAUGCAAUCCUAUCAUGCUGGCAGCAAUCAUAGAUACAGAACAGCUCUCGAAAUAGGAAGGUAAUCCAAGUGAUGCAGGUCUACUUAUAGCACGAGAUGGAGCAAAAUAAAUAUUCUGUUUCAAAUUC